ACGGUUUAAAGAGUAAACAAAUCGUUCAUUCAUAUACCUUAACGGCUUAUACUAUGUACUUGACCAUUAGAAAAAGUGUAGAAUAUUUGAGACUGAAGAAUUGUUUUUCUUAUAAAUCACAUCGACUUUAAAGUGGAUAUGGCAGAAGGAUCUACAAGUUUACAAACCGAGAGUGGAUCUUCACAUCCGGAUGUGGAUGGAACGGGGUUCCUGUGCAGCAGGUGCGCUGAGGAGGGUCGUGCAGACUCAGCGGAAGUUCAGUGUACGUCGUGUGUGAAAAACUACUGCCAGUCGUGCUCGCAGGCACACAGCACACUGAUGCCGGACCACCCGUUGUUGGGGAUGGACCUUCUCCACAGAUGGGCGGAGGUUGAACAAACUGACAUAGCCAAAAAGUCGUGUGAUGUAGAUGCCACCGCACCCCGCAUCCGGAAGUUUAAAGUACGGUCGAAGAAAGAUGUCAAAGAAUGCAAUAUCUCGGACAUUUGCCAGCUUGCCAAUGGUCAAUAUGUAGCCGUCGACUAUAGCAACAAGAAUAUUAAACUUUAUGGUGAAAAUUUCAAAGUUCUGGCCCGGCACGAGUUCAAGUCCUGGCCAAGAUGCGUCGCUCCAAUCGCCAACACAGAGGUUGCGGUUACAAUAGGAGAGCUUGACAAGCCAGGCGAGGUACAUUUUGUAAGCACCACCGGCGGCCAUUUGAAACUGAGCAAGAAGAUAAAAAUGGAACACUUUUGCUCUGGUAUUGCACACUUUGACAAACACACUUACGUAGGAUCACGAGACUCGAUUUUCAAGUACGUUUUGAAAGAUCAACUUAUUGGCAAAAUAUACGAAGAUUCGCCAUCCGGCGCAUACAGCUUUUCAGUCAACAAAUUUAAACUCGUUGAGGACGGAACCAAAUUAUAUGUGUCGGACUGGAAACACAAUCGAAUGGUCAUUUUGGACAACCAAGGCCAACAACUAAGCACACUUGUGUUGGACGAAGAUUUGGUUUACGGAGCUUCUGGUAUCGCUGUAGGGAUGGAUGGCCGUGUUUUUAUGAGUGGUAUUGCCUCUAAGAACGUCGUGCAGGUGUUUCCGGAAACUGGUGGGGAGUUGACGACACUCGCUGGUGAAGCCGACGGCGUUGUUGGGCCCAAUGCGGUCUGGAUAGACGAGCGGUUAAACAAACUGGUGGUUGCACAGACCGGCGACACGGUGCUUUUGGUUCAAUUGUGAAUACUAACCUAUACAUGUGACAUAAGGCCACACCGAAUUGAGUAUGUUUAGCGGUAUCUGGCUAGUAUGUCUCGGCUCUGUUACGCAAAUGAUUAGGCUUGAGCUUUACCUCAAGACUUUUGUAAUUGACAACACAAUUUAAGUCCAUGACUUAUAUAUAUUGACCACACUGACCACACAAUUUAAGUCCAUGACUUUGUGGAGUUGAAAAUUAUACUCGAGAGUACCAGAUUUAAAUACGAAUCAGUUUAUGAAACAUACAAUUAUAUUUGGUUUACAAAUUAUGUUCAUGUUUAUUCAGAAGUUAGAAUGUUUUAAAGUUUGGGUAUUUUAACAGUCAACAAACUUUUGAAAUACUGAUGUGAAAUGGAAAAUUCCAAUGAACUCGAAAACUAUAUGUUUUCUCAAUGGAACUAUAUUCCAUAAUAAUUAUAUUAAAACGAAGAACAACAUAUUACAGGGGAGGGAAUCCAGAUAUACAGUACAAAUUUCAUUCAAUGCGUUCAUACUUUAUCUUCUUAGAAUAAAAAGCUGGGUCAUUUUCCUCUGCAUUGCUAUUUAUUUUUGUACAUGUUGAAACAUUCUCCACCCUUGCGUAUGUAAGUAUUAUGUUUAUGUUAGCAUUUUAAUGAUACUUAUUUGCAUAUAGCAUUGUCACGGAUAAACGGUCUAAAUAUGUUAAUUAUUCGUAAUAAGCUAUGUAAUGGAACACAACAAAUCAAUUUGUAUUGUUAAUUAAAAAUUAAAUCACUGUAAGACGUUUGUCGAAAAAAACAUUUACAAUACUUAGUAUGCUUAUGUGUUCUGUUACCAUUGAUGCGAUUGUUCACAGUCAUAUACCUUUUUUAUUUUUUUAUUUAAUGAAUUAAUAUGUUUGCGUCAAUUUGUAUUCGGUAUUGUUGGAAUCUUUGUACUUGGGUACAUCUCAUUGAAUAUAAUAAUAU